AUGGCGCCCAGCCGUAAUGAUAUGAUCCUGAAGCCCCACUUCCACAAGAACUGGCAGCGGCGCGUGGCCACGUGGUUCAACCAGCCGGCGAGCAAGAUCCGCAGGAAGACCUCAGCCCCCAAGAAAGGAGACAGCUCUGCUGCAAAGCUCAAAUGGGCCACCCAGCUGACCGGACCAGUCAUGCCCAUACGGAACAUCUACAAGAAGGAGAAGGCCAGAGUCAUCACAGAGGAGGAGAAGAACUUCAAAGUCUUCGCCAGUCUCUGCAUAGCCCGCACCGAUGCCCGGCACUUUGGCAUCUGGGCAAAAAGGGCCAAGGAAGCUGCAGAACAGGAUGUUGAAAAGAAAAAAUAA